CUCCACCUUGUUUCGAUCACGUGAUACGAGCUUACGAAGAUGGUGGAAGUUUCUUCUUCCUUGAAGUGAAACCCCCAACAGAAACCCAAACAUCCUGGUGAGCGAAGGCUGGGUGGACACUUUAGAUACAGCGCGUUAGUUUUACAGCUCCUCGCUCGGACUCCGGCCUUUAUACCAGCCCUAUGUCAUGGCCAGUGGAGCCACCAAGUCGGGCACUUCCAAUGGAUACCCUAUUAGGGCACAGCUACAAAUCGUUGUGCUAUCAGCAAAACUGAAAGAAAACAAGAAAAACUGGUUUGGUCCCAGUCCCUAUGUGGAAGUGACAGUCGACGGCCAGUCCAAGAAAACAGAGAAAUGUACCAACACUCACAGCCCCAAAUGGAAGCAGCCGCUCACUGUGAUCGUAACUCCAUUCAGCAAACUAGUGUUUCGUGUGUGGAGCCACCAGACCCUGAAGUCAGAUCUGUUGCUAGGGAUGGCCACGCUGGAUCUUAGUGAAACACUCAAAUCUAAUGACAUGAAAAUUUCUGAGGUGGUGCAGACCUUACAACUGUGUGCAGACAGGGACGAGUCAGACGUGGUGGGGGACCUGUCUGUCUGCCUUGACGGCAUGACUGUUGAUCCUGAUAUGUUCGCAAAAGCAGAAGCCGACCAUCACAGUACAUCAAAUGGGGAGUCGCAGCCAAAUGGUGAUCAUUCCAUAAGGCACAGUCGAGACAGCUCUCCGGCUGUGGACAGCAUAGAGCACAAGUCCUCUCCUAGUGGCCGUAGAUCAGUAAACAGCACAGGGUCUCCAUCGGUAUCUUCAACAGGGCUGAGGCCUGUUCGACCACCUAGGCCAUCUAGACCUCCGCCUCCAACCCCACGCAGACCCAACUCUUCACCAGCAUCUUCCAGCAAUGACUCUGCUGCAGCAGACUGCAGCGAUGGCCAGUCAGGUUCUGAUACCCCAGUGCGAGCGCCGGCCUCGGGUCCCUCAUCAGCCCCAGACUCAAGUCCAUCAUGGGGCUCUGACAGGAACUCCACAGUGGCCUCCGGUUCUGGAGCUGCAGCAACCAGGCAGCCGACCAGCACCAUCACCCCUGCUGUCACUCCCAGAGUCCCCGCAGUCAGCACAGGACCCUUGCCUCCUGGAUGGGAGCAGAGAGUGGAUCAGAACGGCAGGCUUUAUUAUGUUGAUCACGUGGAGAAGAAAACAACGUGGGAACGGCCUGAACCACUGCCCCAUGGCUGGGAGCGUCGUGUUGACCAAAUGGGGCGGGUCUACUUUGUUGAUCACAUGACACGUACCACCACAUGGCAACGCCCCACUGUGGAGUCAGUGCGCAAUUAUGAACAAUGGCAGCACCAGCGAAGCCAGCUGCAGGGCGCCAUGCAGCAAUUCAACCAGAGAUUUAUAUUUGGGGCCCAAGACCAGACCACAGCCACUCAAAAUAAGGAGUAUGAUCCUCUUGGGCCUCUACCACAGGGAUGGGAGAAGAGAACAGACUCCAAUGGCAGAGUUUAUUUUGUGCAUCACCCUACACGGUCAACACAGUGGGAGGAUCCAAGAACACAGGGUUUGCUGAAUGAGAAGCCCCUUCCUGAAGGCUGGGAGAUGCGCUUCACUGUAGACGGUAUUCCUUAUUUUGUCGACCACACCAGGAGAACCACCACCUACAUCGACCCCCGCACUGGAAAAUCCUCACUUGAAAAUGGACCCCAGAUCACCUAUGUUCGAGACUUCAAAGCCAAAGUACAGUACUUCAGAUUCUGGUGCCAGCAACUGGCGAUGCCUCAACACGUCAAGAUCAACGUAUCCAGAAAAACCCUGUUUGAGGACUCCUUCCAGCAGAUAAUGAGCUUAAAUGCUCAAGAUCUGCGAAGGAGGCUGUGGAUCAUCUUCCCUGGAGAAGAAGGGCUUGACUAUGGCGGUGUUUCCAGGGAGUGGUUCUUCCUGCUGUCCCAUGAGGUUUUGAACCCGAUGUAUUGCCUGUUUGAAUAUGCUGGUAAAGAUAACUACUGUCUUCAGAUCAACCCAGCCUCCUACAUCAACCCUGACCACCUCAAGUAUUUCAAGUUCAUAGGACGCUUUAUUGCCAUGGCUCUUUUCCAUGGCAAGUUCAUCGACACUGGUUUCUCACUGCCAUUUUACAAGCGCAUCCUCAACAAGCCGCUGACCCUCCACGACCUGGAGUCCAUUGAUCCGGAGUUCUACAACUCCCUCAUGUGGAUCAAGGAUAACAACAUUGAGGAGUGCGGGCUGGAGAUGUUCUUCUCUGUUGACAAGGAGAUCCUGGGGGAGAUCUCCACCCAUGAGCUGAAGCCAGGAGGAGGUGACAUCCAAGUCACAGAAGAGAACAAGGAGGAGUACAUCAGGCUGGUGGCAGAGUGGCGCCUGUCCAGAGGAGUAGAAGAGCAGACACAGGCUUUCUUUGAAGGCUUCAAUGAGGUCCUCCCUCAGCAGUACCUGCAGUACUUUGAUGCAAAAGAGUUGGAGGUCAUGCUGUGUGGUAUGCAGGAGAUUGACCUGGUAGACUGGCAAAGAAACACCAUCUACAGACACUAUGCUCGCAGCAGUAAACAGAUCGUCUGGUUCUGGCAGCUGGUGAAGGAGAUGGACAAUGAGAAGAGGAUGAGACUGCUGCAGUUCGUCACUGGUACCUGUCGCCUGCCAGUCGGAGGCUUCAAUGACCUCAUGGGAAGCAACGGUGCUCAAAAGUUCUGCAUUGAGAAGGUGGGAAAAGAAAACUGGCUUCCCAGAAGUCACACAUGCUUCAACAGACUGGAUUUGCCACCCUACAAGAGCUACGAGCAGCUGAAAGAGAAGCUGAUGUUUGCCAUUGAGGAAACGGAAGGCUUUGGACAGGAGUAAAGAAAACCAGGAGGAGCUGGGUGCAGGAGUCUGGAGGAAUGAAAAAACCCCACCGGUGUUCAAAUCAGGGAGCCUCUUUAGAAUAGGCAGGAGUUUUUGGGAGUUUGUGCUCAUGCAUGCACUCACAUGUGUAGUACUUCUAUGGGAGCAUAUGCUAGACUGUUGUCUGCAUGUUGUUGGGUUUUGGGCACGGGCCCUGCACACUGCAGUCUCAGCAGGCCUCUGCACGCCCGACAGCUUGGAGAAAUUUUUGUAUCGUUUCAAACCAAAACACGGACGCUGCUCCCGUCUCUCAGAAUGUGCACCGCUCUAUGCCCGGUGAACUCGUCCUCUGUGACAUCUGUUUAACAAGACUACAGGUUUUUUGUUUUGUGCUUUCGACUCAUAUGAUCAUGUCAGGUAAGAAGGAGGGGUUAAACUGAAAACAUCUUGACCUGACGGAGCACAAGAAGUUCCAGGAGUAAAACCUUUAAAGAGAUUGAGAGGGUCUGCUUUUUCUUCUAAAACUGACGUGAGAGUCACCAAAAAUCAUUUUUAAAUUCUGUUGUUUUAGAAUCGAACUCACACUUUGAUCUGCAUGUUAAUUAUAACAAGACCCUUUUUUUUUUUUUUCUCAAAAGUAGUGCUUCAAACUUUUACUAACAGACAAUCCUGGUGCUUCAGAGAGAUUUGGCCACAUGCCUAUUUUGCGUUCCUGCUUCUUUAGUAUUUGAUCUGGGAAUCGAUUCGAUGAUUGUGAAAAGUGUUGUAACCUCCAUUGUCUUUAGUGGUGGGAAGAGUGGAAGAGAACUUAGAGGCCCUAGUUUUAUAGGGCCAGAGUUUGCACGCUGUGAUGUGUGAUGGGGGACACUGUGGAUUAGAGUAUCCUGGGGGAGUCUUUUAAGUUAUUCAUCUUAGUAUCAGCUUUAAAAUGUUUUCCAGCUUUCUCCUUUUAUUUCACGGGAUAGUCUUGAUUAAAAAUUAAAUAAAUUAACAUCCUGAGGAAAUCCUUUUUAGUAAUUAAUGAAUCGAGAUUUGUUUUGAUGCUAUUUAAAGUUAAAAGUUUGAAAACAAGACACCAAAAUCAAGUCAAACCAAAUCAACUUUUAAAUGAUAAUGGAUAUUUUGAAUGCUCACUUAACAGCUUGAAAAUAAGCAGUUUGUAGCUUUUUGUACACGUGUAGCAUUUGAAUUGGAUCGAGCGCUUUGCCUUAGUUGAACUUUUACAAACCCUACAGCGAGAGACAAAAUGAAAGAGACAAAGCGUUUUGGAAUUGAAAAAGGUUGAAUUCUGUCUUCCCUUUUCCACUUAGAGGAACAUUUUACCUCUAAAUGCUUUUAGCAGAGAAAGCAGUUUGUAAUUCUAUAGUUUGUGGAUUUGGGUAAUUCUAAGAAAAACAGAAUUUUAAAACUGUGCGAGGCAUUGUACUGCUUCAAGGAAAAAAAAUAAGUCAUGAAUUCCUGGGAAGAAGAAGUCUGAGAUUAAAGUGGUAAAUUUAUAAGAGGGGGAGGGGUGAGCCCGGACUUCAAAUUCAGACUCGAGACGACACCACCUGCAGGUUCGUGCCUGCAGUGUAUCACAGCUGACAAUUAUGGUCACAAAAUGACCUUCUCAUUAUAAACAUCUGCACUUUGAAGAUACUCGCCCAUGAUUCAGGCCUGUUCAAAUGAAAAUAACAUACAGACCGAGAUGCUGUGAUAGUUGUUAUCACAGACCAGCACUCUGUAAUGUGACCACUUCUUAACAAAACGUUUUUUUUUCUCCUAAAAUAACCACUUUAAUCUCAGACGGGAUCUUGAUUUUUAUUUUUAUUUUUUUUUAAAUCCUGCAUUAUUUUUAAUGUCAUG